UAACAUAUUAUAGUGAUAAAUGAUAAGAUUUCUGUAUUGAAUAUUUAGUCGUUCGUGAUCGAUUAUAAUAAUAGGACUAUAUAUUCGUCUGGAAACUUCAAACCGUAAUUCUAUCUACUUUGAAGUUUUAAGUUUUAAACACAAGAUACAAACAAGACCGCCUAUUAUAACGUAAGAACUUUUGCAUUUUUAAUAAUCUUAAUGAACGGAGCGUAAAUUAUCAAACAAUAAAUUAACAAAAUCGAUAAAAUAUUUAUUAAAACUUUGAAACAACAUAAUUUAAUAUACCAAAUAGUGUUUUUUAUAUAUAUAGUAGGUAUAAUAUAAUAAUUAAUAGAUAAUAGCGCAUACAACUAAAAAAUACAAUUAAUAGUUAACAAUAAUUAAUUAUUAUUAUUAAUAACUAUGAACUACAUUAUAAUUUCCUAAUAACUAUACCGGAAUGAUGCAGUUUAAUUAAUAACAGUAGAUUAUACUAAAAAAAACCUGUGGAUCUGUACACAUUAUAUCAAGUCUUAAUAUUUAAAUUUAGUAUACCUGUACCGACAUAGAACAUUAAACAUAUUUAUAGAAUAUAAUAUAGACUACUAAUGAACAAGACACAAAAUAACUUUAUUAAUUUUCGUCUCAUAUAACAAUCGUAGAAAUACGAAAAGUAAAAUUCGGACUAUAUUAUAGGCUAUUAUAUGUACCAACUCGAACUCGUAUACAUUCGAAAAUCGGAUAAAGUUUAUACGGUGGCGUAGCUACCGCAGGGACAACCGAAACGAUUACCUCGGAGAAUACAUUUUUUUUUUUUUUUAAGGGGAAGGAGGCUUAAAUGUGUGAUAAUGACACUGAUGAUUAUCAAAUAUUUGGUAGAAAAAUUGAAUCGAUAUAAACGUGCAUGUGAACUAGCCUAAUGGCUAGUUGUUCACGCCAUGGCCAAUUUAAUUAACUGCGGUUCAUGUGUCACCUGCUGUGAUAAACUGAUAAAGCAGAUAAUACUAUAACCGCGUAUACCUGCUGGUAUACUAUACUUGAACAAUCGCUGUACAAAGUAUUUCAGAUUUUCAUAAAAAUAGAUAUAAAUAAAAAGUACAAAUAUGUAUGGUGUAAAUGUAAAUUUAUUUAAUUUAAAAUAAAAAGAUAUUUUUAAUGUGAUAAGGUGUGAUUGGCUUCAUCCUUUCGAAAAAAAAAAAUUAAUUACUCUGUUAAAAAUACAAUCACAGCACUGUUUUAGUGACAAUUCAUAAAAUUUCUAUUUCUAUUAUAGGGGCUGAACAUAUUUUCCAUCUCGGGGUGCUUUAAUGUCACUACUGAGUUUGUAACACAAUGCAAUAAUAAGUCGAUUUUAUUUUGUUUAGCCAACGCCCAACCUACACGAUAUCAUGUUAAUAAUAUUAUUUGUUACUACCGUCAUAGCGUUCGCGCUCUUAUCUAAACACGUGAUAGUUAUAAUAUAUGGUACUGGUCACGAGAGUUAUUGAUUUCAUAAUGACCUCCGCAAUAAUCGACAAAAAAAUCGCAUUAUCAAUCAGUGACGUAAUCAUGAAAGGGGGGAUACAAGAGACGAUUACCUAACGAAGGGGAAAGCCUCUUCCCUCGAGGACAAAUUAUCAUCAUUCUCUCGCAUUCCCCAGAUAUUUUGAGAGUUAUCUUUUUCUUUUGUUUUCAACAGUUAUAAGAUUCCAUUUUUCAGUAAUGUUUAUCAAUCAAAACCAAAAACAUCAAUUAAAUUGAACAAAAUAUAAUACUAUAAAACCAUGAAGACAAUACAGUUAUAACGAAAACAAUAUAACAUAAGUAAAAAAAAUUCGUAAAAUUUAGCAAUUGAAUAAUAUAUUAAAGUUUUACGAUAUUUAAGACAGUAAAAAAAAGGCGAUGAGAGGAUCAACCCCCCCCCCCUCUACCCGUGUGUACGCCCUUGUUUUGAAUCGAAUAACCUAAUAAAUACGCUUGUUUAUGUAUAUAAAUUAUCGGUACGCCCGACAAUAAACAAAACAAAAAUUACCCACUAAAAGGCAACUCCAUUAUUCUAAAUCCCUCCGUCCUUUGUUCCUAUAUUAUAAUAAUAAGGUGGACGCAUAUAAAUGUUUAAUAUGGCUUUAUAAUAUCCCCAAAUCGAUUAUAUCAAUUACAGACAAAUAAGACUUAUCGAUAAUAAAAUAUCAAACUUUAAACAAUGGUUUACAAUGAAAUAAACGUUUAUGACUAAUUUAUUUUUAUAAUAUCGGCUCACUUCGCAAAUUGAACAUAAUUUUUCGGUUCGAAUAAUAGUCUAAACUAUAAACUUAUUCGAUUACACUUUUGACUCAUCCGGCAGUAGGAUCCAUAUUCCGAUUUCCAUAUUCCUGAUUCGUCCGAUUAAAAAUUUCUAAUACCUCGAAAUAUUACAUCAUCAAAUAACAUAAACAGGUACACAUUGUUGAACACGCGCGAAAUAAUGACUUAUUUUAUAACAUUAACUGAUAAGUUAACUUAACACUCUUUUCAUGAUCUAGAUAAAAAACAAAAAUGUAUAUAUAUAUAUGGAAAAAAUGUGUAGGUAUCAUUGAUAUUACAUACUAUAAUAAACAAUAAACUUUUUUUUGAAAUAAAAUAAUAUAAAAGUUAUUAAAUCGUAUAUACGGCACGUCUGCAGAUUAUCUGAAUCCCACGUUAAUAUCCGCCAUUCAAAGAAUAUUGACGUAGCAUAGUUAAUGAUAUUUUCAAAGGAGUGUUUAUGGUGUCUCCACGCCCCUCUCCUUCACCAGCAAAAUAUCAAGAAAGUAAACAUCGAUUAGGUCUACUGUUCCCAGGAAAAAAGGACUAUGAAGUUAAUUUUUUAAAUUUUUCAAUACAAGCAAAAUACAUUUUGAAAAUAAAUUUAUGCACUACAUACACUAGCUUUGAAAAUGCAUACAUAUAUUUGCUUAUGCCACUUAGACCAAAAAAACAAAAGGGAAAAAAAUCGCAUACGACAAAAUAAUAAUACAAAUUCCAAAAUUUCUUCCCUGGGACCAAAGAUUUAAUCAACUGACUAAAAUAAUAUUGUCGGUUUUUAUGGCCUUGUGAGAUGGUAUAAUGGAGAUAUCAAUAUUUUUCGAAAAGAACUCUGCGCGUCAGCGACUUAAAAACAUUUGCCCCUUUGCGUUAUUAUAUCGGGUGUAUAUUGACUGUAUCAUAAUUCAACAUAGACGCCACGAUUUUAGUUAUGCACGUGGCGUAUUUCGCUAUAUUGCCCGACAGACGGGGUAUAGAUUCCCUAUGUACGGUGUGUGACAGUACAUACGAGAAGUGAUGUAUAGCAUAAUAUAGGUAGGUUGGUUAUACUUGGUUGCUCAGAUCGUGAAUUAAAACUUAAAAUGUUUAUUUUUAAACCUUGAGUAUACGUGGAAAACUAUGUGGACAUAAAAUAUUGAGGAAAAAAAAAUGAUCGAUCACAGUUAUUGGAAACGAUUGAUGAUUAUUUUCAGGUUAGAUAAAUAAAUCUUAAAAUUAAAUUAAAAAUAACUACUGUGUACAAAACAUGUAUAUAAAUAUACUACCUUUAUGUGGACAAUGUACAUAAACAGUAUAUAAACACUCCGGAAAUAAUUAUAUGUUUUUCGAGGAAAAUGAUUAAAAAAGAAACUACUUUUUUUUUUAAAUUAAUCGGUGAAUAUAAAUCUGCAGUUAUUAUAGUUUAUUUUAUUUUUCUUACACUGAUAUCCGGUUUUUUUAUUUUUAAUUAUAAACAGAUUCUUUUUAAACCAACGCGGCGAAUAUCUUCAAAACUAAAUGGAAACUCGUACCACAAUAUUAUUUCAUUUAAAAUAUUUUUUUAAAUAAAAAAAAACUAGGCAGAUAGAUAAAAAGCUGUAUUAAGGGACGAUGUAUUUUAGAUGGAAGGCUCCCGGUAUGCACACAUUUGGAACAAAAUAUCUGUACAGACAUUUAAACUGCGUGUAUCAAAAUAUUUACGAACCUAAUAGACUAAGAGUCAAAUAUUUUCUUUUAUAAAACAAUUAACGUAAUUUAAAACGAAUUUAUCAAUUUUCUCGAUUUUAUUUGAACUUUGUUGGUAUUUCAAAAAAAUCAUUAUUAAUGUUUACGUAAAUUCGCAAAUAUUAUUAUAGUAAUAAAUAUUCAAAAUUCUUUAAAUAUUUAGAUUAAUAUUAGUUUCUAAACUUCUAGUUUUUAGAAAUCCAUACAAACAUAUGAUUCAUUUAUGAUAUUAUGUAAAAUAAAUUAUUAUAGAUAACUAACUGAUUACAGAUAGGGUAUCGUGAUUAUAACCAAAUUAAACUAAUACAUUUUAUUUUAUUAUAAUGAUAUAGUAAAAUUAGUAUUUACAUAGUAAUUAUAAUCAUGGUUAGGGACUUAUAGUAUUAUUUGAUUAUUUUUUUUGCGUGUCAUUAAAUCCAGCAGAGUGCUAUAGAAAUGUAUGUUGUGUGUUCGACAUGAGAUUUGAAAGUGGUUUUUUUCUUAUUUUUAUAGUUCACAAAGAAAUAAAAAUAAUGCUCAUUCUCGUUUUUCCCUCUUAUGUUGUAUGUUUUCUACUUUGUAAUUACAUAGCCACUGACAAAACCCAAAUCUUCCCUCUAUGAUUUUUAAAUAAUUUCGCCUUUGUAUUAAAAUUACCAAACCCUUAUUUUCUUGUUUAUAUCAUCGUAUCUACUUAUCGCAUCUAUUUCCAUUGAGUAAGGAACAACACAUAUCCACAAGUGUAUUUUCAAAAAAAAAAUCAAAAAUUCAAAUAUGAAAUUUGUGAGUGCUUUUAAACGAUAGAAACAAUAUAGAAAAAAAACGCUUCUUACUAAUUUUUUAAUAUUUUUAAAAUUAUUUCAAUUACCUAUAUAAUAAAGGUUUUUUUUUAUUAUUGUUUUGUUUAUUGUAUAUGUGUUAGAAGUUGUUAACCCAAUAAUAUAUGUAUAAUAUGUAAAUACUAUGAUUUAAGUUUUAUAGUUAUCUAUUAUUUCUGUAAUAAUUAUGGUUUGUAAUGCUUAUAUCACCUACCUUUAUAAUCAAUUCAAAAAUAAUAUAUUCAUUUUGAAUUUUGGCAUGCUGUUGGUUAAGUUAAGUUUUAACGUCACUAUAAAACCGCAAACAAACGAUAAGAGAAGAUAAAAAUUUAUCGUCAUAAAGCGUUUUUAUUUGCCAAGAGAUUUUUUCUUUUAACUACAGACACUGUGAACGAAACUUUAUGCGGUGGCAUUUUAAAAUUUUGUUAACUUUAUUGUUCUUUUAAUCUAUCUAGCGAACUGCUUCGAUUAAAACACCAUUGGAAAAAGAACGCUUUGAGAAUGAUUUCAAACUGCGCGCAAAAUCAUACUAAGCGAAAACGCUAAUAAUAAAUAAUAUCCAUCAAACAAAAAAAAUAAAGGCGCAAGAAACUACCUGCAGACCAAAAAAAAUAAAGGCGCAAGAAACUACUUGCAGACAAUACAAAUUGGGCGCGGACAUUGUUCAAGAAAUGGGCGUCUCACCUCGCUUAAGCCACCGCUAUUCAAUUGUGAUUUUUUAGCUAAAACGAUAGGUAAUAGAAAAUUAAUAGCGUUGGAAAACUUAUUCUAUAAAUGAAUGAAUUCAUCUAAAACCACCGCGGUCAAAAUGAUAAUCCUGCAUUUAUCAAAAACAUCAGACAGAUUUCCUUGAACAUUUUUUGUUAUUCUACUAAUAAAAUAAUAAUCUUUUAAAUCUUUGCAGUGUAUUUGCACUACUUUUUUCAACUAAAUAUAAAUAAUUGUAUUAUUUAUACAAUUACCUUAAAUUAUGUUUUUGGCAAAAUAACCUCAAGAAAAGUACUUUAUAUAGAUAAUAUACGUAUAAAUAUACAUACAAUAUACAUACAUGGUGAUUUUUUUUAAACACGCUCACAUCAUUUGUAUGGUUAAAUUAUGCAUAUAAUCGAAUUAUAAUUUUUUGAAUUUCCAAAAGUAUUAUUAGUUAUUAAUCCAUAAGCAUUUCGUAACAUUAAAAAUUGGAAUAUACUUAUAUAACUAUAACUGAACAGUAUAACUGAAUAUAGUUGACUAUGUAGUGACUAUUUACAAUGUAUUUAAUACUGCAUACCUAUAAUAGUAAUUACCAAACACGUACUCAUUUACAAUGUAUUUAAUAUACUAUUACCGUUAAUAUUUAAAAUAGAAUAACUCAGAAACUUUCCGAUUACAAUACUUCAACAUUUUCAAAAAAAUUCUUUGAUUCACGAUUUGCCAAAAAAAAAAAUAAAACAACAAUUUAGGAUCGUCACAGGACACUCCUUAAAUGUUGUGAAAAAUCUGAAUCUAAAUAUUCGAAAAUAUCGUCUUUAACUACACUUAUAAAUUCCAAAAAUCAGAAUUUCAAAUUAAAUUAUUCGUAUACAUAGUUAAACCAUGCAAAUGGGAUGAGCGCUCUUAAAAAAAUCAUUAUUAUAUAAAAAAAACUUGUGUUUACUAUUGAAAAUCUUGCAGGGAACGCCACUGCAGUCUAUAUUAUAUUAUAUUAUUUUCAUUAAAUUAGUAUACAAAAUUAUUACAGACCGACAUUAGCUUAUAGCGGUAUCACAACAUUCAUAAUUAUUAUAAUUGCAUUAAAAACUAUUUACUAUAUUAUAUAUACUAUAUUAUAUUAUGAUGUCUAUCAAACAAAAAAAAAAAAUCACCAUUGGCCGUCAACAAAUUAAAUUAAUUAAUUAAUUAUCUGACAGUUAAACUAUAUAGUAUAAAUAAUAAUAUGUAGGUAUGUGAUACCUAUAAUAUAGUCAUUAUAGGUGCAAUUUAAAUGUCACAAUAAUAUAAUAUAAUAUCAAUAACCGUUAUUGCAUGUCACAAUUCACAUGAUAUCGCGCAGGCAUAAAUUGUGCGAUAAACAAAUACGCGUUGCGAUAGAUUUUUUUACUAAAUCACAAUCAAUAUUCACAAUGCGCGCCUAAAGGUAUGUAUAUAAUGUUAUGACACUGUACGUCUAUACAGUAUUAUCAUAAUAUAUUAUAAUAUGUUUGUAUUGUUAUAAACGUUUGAGUAGACACGCGCGUCACGUCUAACGGAUUAUCGAAAAGCCUCGAAAAUGUCGAAGAUAAAAUAUCUAUACAUGGUGCUUAUUCGACGACGACCUUAAAAUUCUUAAAGAUUCUUUUUGACGUUUUAAUUUUCUACAAUUGAUUUUAUUUAAAAAAAAUAUAAUUAUUAUUAAAUAUGUAUAUAUAUACAUAUUAGGUAGGUACCCACGCAACUUUCAAUAAAACACGUCAAGUUUAGUCAUUACUCAUUUUUUAUAAAUACGCGCGGUUAAUAAAAAAAAAACAAAUCAAAUGCAUUUGCAUUAAAUAAACAUUAAAUCGUUAAAUAUAAUAAUUAUAUUAUUAUUAUUAAAUAUAAACGAUGCGUUUCAUAAUGAUUAUUUCGAGUGCUUAAUAAAAGUUCCUUGCUCAAUUUAAAAUUCAAUUCAAAUUCCUUUUUUCUUUUUUUAAUUUUUACCGACGUUCCGGCCAAAAAACGACUUUGCAAUACAAAAAAAGUCAUUAAAAACAAUGUUCACAUAAUUAUUUGUAAAUCUUAAAUUACAUUCACAAAAAGUAAUUUAAAAAUACUUUAUAUCAAAUUGUUCAUAUUCCGUAUGUUUCAAAUACCUGUCGUGAUCUCAAUAACCCCGUGAUUUCUACUACAGUGGUAUACCUAAUUCAGUACUUCUUAAUAAUAAUACUCUUGUACCUACAAUUUUCUGGGAUUUUUUUCAAAAUUUAAAUCACGAUUUCUAUCGUACAGACGAAUAAAUUGUAUGGAAAUGGGGCUAUCGAAACAGCUUCGGUCGCUGCAACACUGUUAUAGGUACAGAUAAGUAUAGAAUUAGCCUUUGCUCGUUAGAGAAAUUUACUGGAUUUAACAUUGAUCGCACUAUUGAUAUUUUGACGGUAUCUAGAUUCCCGAAAAUGCGCAAAUUAUGAACUUAUCUGCAGCAGUCCAAUGUAUAAAAUAUGAACUGCGUACGACAUAACACAAUAUACUGAGCUUCUGGAUUUAAAAAAAAAAUUGUUUAAAAGUGAAAAAAAAAAACAAAUCAAUAACUGUACGGCGGAAUUAGACAAAGCAUCUUUGAAUAGAUAUUAUUAUUAUUUACCAUGUACGAAUUUACGAAUUUUUAUUUGUCUAUAAAUUGCAAAAUCUAUUCAUAGCAGAGAUCCGCGAAUUAGGAAAAAAAGGGGAAAAUAAUAAUUUAAUAUAACAUUACUACAUUUCUAAUAGUACAUAAUUACCUAGUUAACGACAGAAACACGAGAAGAAACGUAAACAACAGAACGAAUAAGAAUCGCAUACCCUUAUUAGGAACCUCAGAACAUUAUAAUUACAUAAGUACAUAUAAUACAUAUAUUACACAUUAAAUAUAACGACUAUAAAUUGGCAUUGCGUCGUUUUACACUCAAAAAUUCACACUGUGCGGGUUUUUAAUUAUGAAAGCCUAUUCACGUUGUAUCGGCACUCAGGAGUGGCUUGAAAAAUGUUGAUUGAUUUUUUAAGUACCUACGGUAUAAAAUAUAAUAUCCACUCAACAUCAUACUGGCAAAUAUAAUACAUUCCAUAACCAUUUUUUUAUAUAUACCUAUAUAUUUAAUUGUGUGCUACUAAUUUUAUUUAUUAAAAAAAAAUAUAUAUAUAUAUAUCUAUAUAAACAAUACUCGGUAGUACAAAUUCAAUGUACACCAUGUUCUAAGGUUAAGAGUGAUUAUUUUACUGAUAAAUAUACAUAGCUAUAGAAUUAAAUCAUUAGAAUUUGUAGAGUUUUUCGUGGACUUUAAUUCAUGGCACAUUAUCUGCAACAUUUGAACGACUCAAAGACCCAAUUGCUUAGGUAACCUAAACUAAGUUAAGUUUAGUUCAGUGAACCACCGUAACUGUAUUUAAGCCACCUCUAAUGCAUAGUGUGCCGUAUAGAACUGCAGUAGCACAGUAGACCAGUGUUAAAAAUUGUUUGAUGUAAGAAUUCAAACAAAAUUUCCAUAAAACAAAAUUAUUAUCAUUUUUUUUUCUGUUUGCACCGACAGCAGUGAGGGAUCUAUUUUCACAAUACUUGCCCACUGCUGCUAUACAAAAUUAUUAUCUUUCUCCCAUGUCAACAUGUAUAAUUUUAAAACAAAAUCGCAUUAUAGGACAUGAUGAAUUUUAUGGUUAAUGGGAAAAUUUUGUUGGUUAUGUACCAAAAUUUCGAUAACAUUGACCGGAUCUAAGGCCAGUAUCUGGGGGAGGGCUUCUAUAGGUUUGAACCCUCCCGAAAAUUGUUCAAAAUAGAAAAAUGUUGACAAAAUGCUUAAAAAACAAUCAUUUAACUGAUAAAAAUAUUGGACCAUCCCUACCCGUGUUUGUUUGCAUCUACGGCCUUGACUCUCAAUCUAGAUUUUUUGAGGCCGAUUAUUUUCUAAAACAAUGAACCGAGUACUCUCCAGUCCACCCCUAUUUAUACUAUAUAUUGUAUAAUAUUAUUUCGCAAUUUCGCGUUAAACCAUACCUAUUCAAUAUUUUGAAGCAUUGUGUUAUCCCGUCAAAAUAGUGAAAAUAAAAUAACGCAAAAAAAAAAAAUCGCAAAAACCAUUUGGACGAUUCUCGAUUAAAGCGAACGAACAAUAAAAUUAUUUAUUUUUUAAAUUAUCAGUUAGUAUUUGUGUCAUGUUUCACUAAUAAUCAAUUAGUGUCCGUGUAUCGUGUAUAAUAAUAUAUUACAUAAUACCUAUAAUAUAUAUUUAUGCGAAAUACGUUAUCAGUAUUAAAAAUAAAAAAUAAAUUAUCUAUGAUGGAUGUAUAGGUUUAUAUUCAGAGAGAAAAAACUGUCGAAACACAAUGUAUUUACGGUGCACAGAACAUCAAUUUAAAAAUCAAAUGAUAUUUAAAAACUAGUAAAUUACCAAAGAGCCGUCAGAUCACUCGCACGUGGCAAACACAAUUAAACUCCAUACAAGGAUCGAAAAAAACAAAAAAACGAAACUGUGCACACACAACAAUUACCACAGUAAACAAUUUGCGCUGUACACAAAUACCACCUGGAGUGGUGGGAGCUAUGCCAACAAUAAAUUCGAUUGAAAAUACACUUCACCGAAUUGUAAAAGGAACGACUAACUGCGUCCCUACUGAUCCAAAAUGUUUUUUCAAUAACAAUUUAGAAAAACAAAGAAUGGCGCACAAUUACGGUCGAUCAAAUGAUGGAAUAAUAUUUUUUUCUACGGCUGAUGGUAUAGACAUAAUGGGCCGUUAUCGUGAUCGGUUCGCCUUUUAUUUAUUCACAAACUCAUGCAAUGCAUGUAUUAAGGUGUGUCCACACCUAACAAACAUUUGGGGAAACAUUGUUUGUCAAACGUUUGCCGAACAUUUAUCGAACGUUUGUCAAACAUUUUAUCAUGACAACAAACGAUUUUUCAUAAUUUAUUUGUUCGCUAUAUGUUUGCCAACAGUCGUGAAAAUUUCAGAUCCGGAACAAGUCGCAUGCUGCGUUGACGCUGCUGCGUUCGUUAUAAUGCGUAAUAAAACAUUAAAAAAAAAAAAAAAAAUGAAACUUUUUAUUUUAUUUUCAUAAUCGGAAGAUUUUGUGUCCCAUAAACAACUGGCGUACUCAUAUAAUUCGAUUAAAUUAAUUAUUUUUUCUUUGGACCACUUUUCACUCAUUUUGUGAUUUAGUGGUCGGUAUAUUAUUUAAAACUAUAUAAAUAAAAAAUACCACUCUCCGUGUGUGGUGCCACGCGCAGACUGAUUUGAAUUUAUAGAAAUUAUACAUCAGUUACAACAAAGUAUGUAUUUAUAAACGCGAUAUUAUGACAUUAUCUCUCUAGUCUCUCUAUAGUCUGGAAAACAACACAUAAUUUACAAAAAUAAAACAGUGUAUUGUUUAUAGUCUGUCACGUAUUGAUACGUAUUGUAUAUCAUAUUAUUAUUUAUCAUAUUCAAAUAUAUUUUUAACNCAAUAAAGGUAUAUCGGAAUACACGUACAAACACUCAAAAUGUUCGCUUAGUGAGUGAACAUUUUUGUUUGGAUUAUUGACAAACAAAUUUGUUUGGAAACACGUCUACGUCAAACAAACGUUCGAAAAACAUUCGUCGAACGUUCGACAAACGUUUGCUAGUUUUUUUUGUGUUCGGCGAACGUUCGACAAACGUUUUUCUAAUUGUUUGUUAGGUGUGGACGCAGCAUUAUAGUUUACGAAAACAUCGUUAUGCCAACUGUUUAUGCUUAACAGCCGAACGAAACUGAAAAAUCGUAUACUAUUAUCCGUUUAUUAAUAACACUAAAAGAAAUUACGACUGAUUCAAAUCCAAAAUCAAUAACUAUGACAGACUUCGAACGUAUAGCGUAUGUUUUUAACGCAUUCAAGUAUAAUAAUGUUUCCAAAUAUAAAAUAAAAUGGUUGCUAUUUCAAUUUUACACAAUCUUAUAUAUGUCUACAUUCGACAAAUCCAAUGAUUGCCAACAAAGUAUACAUUUUUCUUUGAAUAUAACAAUAAUAUUAGCCUUUGCUUUUGUGCCGUUAAACCAUGUCAUACACGAGUUUGAAGAAUUAUUGUAAUCUUCGUUUUUGCGUGAAAAUGAAAAUUUUCUUCACCCGCUAAUUAAGUUAAAAUUUCGAGAAUACAUGAAUUGGAUGUCAGGGAAGAAGAAAUAUUUUAAAAUCACCGUAUUUUGAUAUAAUGUGAUGAAACUGCUGCGAAAUGUCUAAAAGCCAACGGGCCAAAACCACUAAUUUCUAUUGAGGGUUAGCAUUGAGGUUUCAGCUUAUUAAUAAGUAUAUUUUGUUUGGUUAAAAAUUAAAUUAAUAAUUGAUUAACUAAUUGACCUAAUAUGAUUUAAUUUAUAAUGCAUCAUAUCAUUCAUCAAUCAGGAGAUCUUUGAAUGUCUUCAAAGACAACCUAAUUUGGAAAAAAUUAAAAAGAGCAACAUCUACCAGGAAUUCAGCUGAACAAAUUUAAAAAUUAAUAAAUACGUAUGACGAAAAUGAUAUUUUAAUUUUUCUUUAAAAGGAAUUGCCUAAAACUUAACAUAUUAGUUUAUACUACACAUAAAUAUUUUUUAUUCGUUAUUAUUUUUUCGCUAAUGAGUUUCACUUUUUUUGUGUUUAAUAUUUUGUGUUCCAUUUUCUAUUUUCGCUAUUUUGUAUGAUUGAACCAUGUAUUAUAUACAAUUACGUAAUUUACAGUAUUAUAAUACACACGUAGACCAUGCAUAAUAAUUAUCAAGACACACGCGAUAAACUAAUAACCAAGUUUUGUUCCGGAAACUCGCGUUAAACCGACCUAGAGGCGAUAACACACACAAAGCUGCCACAAAACUAUAUGGUAAUUUACCAAUAUACAGUUCUCAUGGGAAUUAUUCGGAUUUGGACAUUUGAAUUGGAAUUAAGAUAGUGUACAGAAAAUACAGAACCCUUUUAUCUGACAAUUUUAACCGGAACGAAAUUUGAUAAAAGAAACGUACAAUCCCAAAGUCGCAUAGGUACUAUUUAAUAUAUUGUAUUAUUUUGUAUUGUACGUGCAUCGGAAACAAACUAGGUAAAUAAUAAUGCAAAAGUCGGCCUUGUUAGUUUUUGUACGAUGAGGUUUUUGCUGAAACAAGAUUUAAAAAACUGAAAUACAAUAAAGUACAAGUAAAUUAAAAUUAGUACUUGGGUAAAAUAAUUAUUUAUUCAGUAUAAAUGUAUUCAGAAAUCGUCUAAAAACAUUUUCCUAAAAUGCUGACUGAUUAUCCGCAUACGGCGAUUUUUCGUGGAGGCCAAUAAUUGAACUUGGACAAUUAUUGUCCUAGAUUCAUACAUAUUACAUAUAUAUGUGUGUGUGAAGUACCUAAAUAAAGUAUCGUUUGAUGAACAAAAUUGGCUCAAAUUAAUAUGAACCAAAAACAAAUUAUUUAUGAAAAAAUGCUAGAAAGACUGAAAACACUAUGUGAAGAUUACUAAAACGGCAACAGGAAAAUGAUCAAUUUUUAAAGACCGCAAUCAAAUAUAAUUAAUUACCUAAUUUAUUCUUCUAAUCAUCAUUACUCGUCAUUUAAAACCAUUAAACUGUUUAGUUAAAAUACAUAAAAAAAAAACCUUCAGAAAUCCACAAAAGCCUCGUUUAUUAACCUAACAUCCAAAGUGCUUACAAAUUUCUUUAAUUGGAAAUAAAAUAAUUUUUUCCUUGGUAUUUUUUACCAAACACCCAUAUAUUUUAUAGUCAUGUGAAUUAAAUGAAAAACAAAUUAUAACCUUCUAUAUACCUAUAUGUAGCCAUGUAGCAUAUGAGUCUUCGAUAUAGGGAUGUUCUUAGAAGGGUGCCUGAGCCUCGUGUUCGACAAAAAAAAUACGAAUUAUAUAAUAUAAUAAAAUAUGAAAAAAAAAUUAAAAUUUCGCACUAAGCCUCGUAAAUCCUAAGAACGGUCCCGAUUUAUUCCAAUUUGAUUUCGUUCAAUUUAUAUUACGUCAAACGGGAUGUUAUAAAUUCCCCCCCCCCAGUUGCGGGGGGUUAGGGAUUCAACUGCCCCGAAAUUUCAUGAAAAUUAUGAUAAAAGUAGAUUUUUAAUAGAUUCUCAAAAGUGGCUCUCAAAAGUCAAAGUGAGGAAAAUAAAUAAAAUAUUUGUUUUAUUUUUAUUUUAUUACUAGAUAGUGAGUUUUUUAUUAUUGUCAUUUCUAAUUUUUUGUGGUUUUCCUGCUUUUAGAAAACUAUAACUGAUACUGCGAUAUUGCAUAGUCCACAUUAUAAUCACAGUUGAUUUAUAUGAAUUACCUUAUCAUUUAGACUGUAUUCACUAAAAAAAAUAUUAAAUAUAAAAUUUAGUGAUAGGUACCUACCUAAAAGGCUAAAAAUGAAUUUCAUAAAAUAUUGACAUUUUUAAUAAAAAAAUUAAUAAUCCUACAAUUGAAAGUAUGUAAACUUCUUUUUAAUAAGAGUAUGGAAGUGUACAACCUUAAGCCCCUCACCCCGGAAGUAUUUGUUUUGUAAAUGCAUCUGUUGUCCACACUAUAUAGAUUAAAACCACCUCAUCAAAUGAAAUGAAAGUGCGUAUAGUUUUUAUUUUAUGCGAUAUACUUUUGUAUAUUAAAUCUGUAGAUAAUUUAUUCAUUUUGUCAAACAAUUCAUUAAUAUUCGAAACUAAAAAAAAAAAAAAAAAAAAAACUAUUUGUUUAGAUGGAUGCCUAAACAAAUAACGCGAUUUUAGUGUGUGUAUUGUAUAACAAGAGUGAUUGAUUACCAACAUAAUAUAGAUGCAAGAGAUGACAGUUGAUUGUACCUAUUUUAUUAUAAAUGCUCGUCCAGUCGCCCGUUUGUUUUAGAGGACAUAUUAUUUAUAAUAUAUUAGAUCAUUAUAUUAUUAAUAUUACAAUUUAGUGCUGAAGAUGCGGAGGAUGGGGUUUAGGAGAUUUAAUCCUAAUUCAGAACCCCUGUCCCUCCGAAAAAAUCUCAAUUAAAAAGAUAGAUAGGUCCCUACAUGGGUAAGUGUAUUAGAUCAAACAAUUUAGAUAUAGCCAAUGAAUAAAGAGUAGGAACCUACGGUUAAUAAAUUAAUGAUCUCGGAUAUUAUCGAGAAUCGAGAUAAAAUUGUAUCGUAUAGUUAAAUAGUCGGUUAGUUGACUGUUAUCAACGCCGUAAUCAUAUGAUCAAAACAUCUGCAGGUUGUCUUUAUCAGUAUUCAUCCCAAAAUCGUUUGAUGUCGUUAGAAUGAUAAUAUUCGACUUUGAAUGUCAAACGGGUUAACUACACUAUAAAAUAAUAUACCAAUAACUAUACAGGGUCAAAUCCUCUAAAUGGUAAGUAUAGACACUCAGUUAAAUUAUAUUAACACAUAGCUAUGAAAUUUAGAAGUUGAAUGUAUGUCGUGCAAAUACCUAUGUAGGUAUCUAAUUCUCAAACACUUGAUGAUUUAUAUUUUAUGAAUUAAUCCUAUCUAAUCUAUAAUUUUUAAUUAAAAUGAAAUAAUAUAAAUCUCAUUUAGAUACCAGUCUUCAUGUUAAAUUCAUUAUUUGUUUGGUAGCAGCAGUUUCCGGUCGCUUACUUUGCAGUUACGUGUCUGAUGAUCAUAACAGCAUUUCACUUAACCAAUAAUGGUGUAUACACAAGUGGUACCUAUCAAAGAAAAAGCACCAGGCAACAAAGAAUACAAUUAUGCUGAUUCAUUUUGGUGUACAUACAUUGUUUCUGUAGUAGCCGCUAGUGUUGCAGAAGUAUGUAAGUACCUACCGAUUAGUUUUUUGAUAUCUAAUUUGUAUAAAUUCAUGGUUUCUUCCCUUUCUAGUAAAUUGAAAAAAUCAGUAAAUUCUAGAAUUUGAAUAAAUUAAGUGAAAUAAGUUAUCACAGAUUUCAUUAAAUCCCCAUUUUAUCUAUUACCUUCAAUAGUUUUGCAAUUUAAUUUAAUAUUAACAUUGAUAAAAUAUACUAUUAAAUAUUUAAUCAAUGGUAUUAAAUUAUUUAAUAAAAAAUCUAUAUUAGAUGGGUGUCUCCCAAAUAAAAAAUAUUUUUUUGAUUCAUUACCUAUUACACCUAACAUCUCAUACAUUUUUUUUAAGGUGUUCAGUUCAAAAAAAAAAAUGAAACUAACAAAAAUACAUGUUAUUUAUUUACUCUGGUAAUCCAUUCUAGAAAAGUCAGGAAAAAUUAAUACUGGGAUAUAGUGGCAACCAUCAUAAUAAAUUAACAUGAACAUAAUUUACUUACAUAAUACAUAUUAUUUUUCUUUUACAGUUACAUACCCAUUAGAUUUGACUAAAACACGUUUACAAAUACAAGGUGAAAAAGCAACUAGUGCCAAUCCUACCCAGUACAGGGGUAUGUUCAAAACUGCAGUUGGUAUUGUAAAUGAAGAAGGUGCACUAAAAUUGUGGCAAGGUGUGUCACCUGCCCUUUACAGACAUGUUGUAUACUCUGGCAUUAGAAUUGUAUCAUAUGAAAAAAUGCGUGAUAAAAUAUUGUUGAAAAAUGAAGAUGGAUCAUUUCCAAUUUGGUAGGUAUAGCUUUCAAAAUAUGUAAUAUUAGUAGUUAGCGAAUUAUAAUUUUAGGAAAUCAGCCAUAAGUGGAGUCAUGUCUGGUGUUAUCGCUCAAUAUUUUGCAAGUCCAGCUGACUUAAUCAAGGUACAAAUACAAAUGGAAGGAAAACGACGAUUAAUGGGAGAGCCUCCAAGGUAGUAUUGACUAUUGAGGCAUACCCUUGAUAAAGGGCAUAUUAUAAUCUAUAAACAUAGUAUAGAUUCUACACCCUUCUCACCAGAUAACCUUAAUUUAUAUUUAUAGUCAUAGUCAUACCUAACUUUAAAUUCAUUAUUAUUAUUAUCAUCACACUUUAUUAUAUUAUUUUAUUCAAGAGUGUUAAGUGCAGCACACGCAUUCAAAAAAAUAGUAUCUGAAAGUGGUAUCCGUGGUUUGUGGAAAGGCUCAAUACCUAACGUCCAACGUGCUGCUCUUGUCAACCUUGGUGAUUUAACAACAUAUGAUACAGCUAAACAAGUAAUAAUGCAAAAAACUGGAUUACCUGAUUCACAUCUUUUACAUUGUCUUUCCAGGUAGAAUUGAUGUGUAGUUAUAUUUUUGUCUGUCAAUGUCAAAUUAUUAUAACUUUCUGAUUAUAUGUAUUUUAGUAUAUGUGCUGGAUUAGUGGCAGCAACAUUAGGGACUCCAGCAGACGUUGUAAAAACACGUGUGAUGAAUCAACCAACUGACAAAAAUGGAAUGUAAGCAGCUUGACCUCAUACUAAAUACUAAAGACCUGCAUGGGCCGAGUAUGGCUUUUUGUUUACAAUUACACGUGAGCCUGGCUAGGCUUUUAAAUUUAUUAUGGACAAGUCUAACCUAGGUUUUUUUUUACAAAAACUCGCUGACCAUUUCUUACAUUUUUAUUUUUAACCUAAUACCAACAGUCCUACAAGAGUGUGACCAGUGUGAUACAGUUAUUAGAAAAUUAUAAGAAAAAUCCGGGUUUUGAAAAAUAUAUAUAUUUAUAUUUAAACCGGCCUUUUAUAUACACACACAAAAAAACCGAGGCAAGCCAAAUUAUUUUACUACCUUACUGGACCAGAAAUGUUCAGCCUUUGCAGGCCUCUACAAAACAUUUCUAAAUUACAAUCUAUUAUUAUAGUUUUUAAACAUUUUAUUUCCAGUGGAUUGAUAUACAAAGGAUCUAUGGACUGUUUAUUUAAGACUGUUGAAAAUGAAGGAUUUUUCGCUCUUUACAAAGGAUUUUUACCGGUAUGGAUCAGAAUGGCUCCCUGGUCAUUAACCUUUUGGAUGAGCUUUGAACAAAUACGCCAUAUGCUCGGUGCUACUGGGUUUUAGAAAUAACAGAGUUUAUUCAUUAGAUCUCAUUUAUAUUCUUAUGUUCAUUUUUUACAAUAGUUAAAAAAUUAUCAAAAAUGUUUAAUACCAAAACAUUAAUGAGAUCCGUACUAGAAAAGGUAUAACAUGAAUUCACAUUACACAAAUAAUGUAUCACCUAAAGGGCUUUGUUAAAGCACUCUGUAUUUCAUGGUUAAACAACAAAGUAUAUUAAUUAGGAUACUAGACCAACUUGUGUGUAUGUACUAUCUGUCUCUUUUAUGAAAAAUAUACAAAAAUCUUGUUUCGUAUUUCUGAAAUAUGCGAUUAGACACAGAAGGGCGGAAUAGAAUAAUAAUUACUCAUUGCGUGACUUAGUUGACUACAAUUUGAGUAGAAGUACUUAAUAAAUAUCAUCAUAUUCAUAGAAGCAAACUUAGUCUAUAAUUGGAUGCAAUUUUUUUUCAAAUUUUUGGUGAAAAUGGAAAUAUUUCAAUUUACAAACAUAAUAUAUAGAUACACAAAUUCUAAAUUAAUUUCUCUAUCAAAUAAAAAUGUCAUAAAAUUUAUAGCUUGAAAUCUAAAAUUUUGAUGUAGCAAUGGGUAAUUUGAAUUCAUCUAAAACACCCAAUAAUAGAAAUAUAAACCAAGAUUUUUCUAUAUUAUUUUCUACUGAAAAAACUGAGACAGUUAAUGUUUAAAAAAAUAAUUACAAAUAAUGUACUGUCAUCGACUAUUAUAACAACUCAAAUUUGAAUCAUUAUUAGUAUAAGAUCUAUGUAUUUUGUGUUAAAAAAGUGGUGUUAACAAAGUGUUAAUGUAGUUAAUCUGUAUUUAAUGUCUGGCCAAAUAACAAUAUUAAUUGUAUUGUGUAAACCAUAAUCAAAAUUUCCUAAAUGUAUCUGUCAAUUUACUUAAUUUUUAUUUUAUCUUUCGUACGUACAAAUUUUAAUAUUUCGUUUUACAAAAAAAAUGUACAAUAUACAAUCUAUGAUGCCAAUUAAAUUAGAUAAUUGUUUUUAACACAAAUCAUUAAGUUUUUAUUCAGUAUUUUAAAUUGUUAUACUAAUUUAUCUGAAGUUAGGGAUAAUGAAUGUAUAGAAAAUAAAAAUACUACUGUAUUUGGCUUAAAAUUUUACUUUCUAUUUAAGAACAUCCAAGAAUUAAUGGAAAAAUUGACUCGAGCAAAUAAAUAAUUAUUUCAAUUUAGUAAAACUGGAAACUGUAUUUUAACAUGUUUGAUUGAAAAUAUAUUUUACAUUACAAUUACAUACCUUAAUCAUAUUUAAAACCUGGAAAUUGAAAGUUUGAUCAAGCAUAUAAUAAAACAGUCUUAGAUUGAACUAUAAUAAAAAUACAACCGGGCAUCCUUUGCAUGAUGGGUGGGUCACUGUUGUAGAUGAAAAGUUGAGAAGGUAAAGAGAAAAUUGAAUAUAAAUAUCUGUACACACAGGUUAAUCAUUGCUAAUAAAAAACGAUUCUGACUGUAGUUCAGUUAUACAUACUUUAAAAGGCUGUAAUAUG